GAGAGAGGUGGAAGCAUGGGUUGGGUGUGGAGGGACGACGGCGACGGCGGCGAUCCGCCAGCCUCCGGCGGGAGCGCGGGGACCGGCGACCGGUGCUCGACCCGGAAGGUCGUGAAGUCCCGCUGCCGGACGGAGGAGGUCGAGCCCGGCAAAUUCAUCCGCAAGUGCGAGCGGACCGAGGAAAUCCUCCGCGAUUGCGUCGGAAGGCCUGUCGAAGUGGUGCAAUCUAACAAAGAAUAUACAGAAGAUGAUGUGACGGAACAGGUCCUUAGAGGGUCUUUCCCCGCUGGAUCUUCAGACCAUGGAGUGUUCGACUUACCAGGACUGCAUAGCGACAUCGAUGCAAUCGGUCGGAAUUUCUUUGGUAACUUAGACCGUUUCUUUGAGGCGGCUGAAGAGAUGAAGAAAGGGUUGUUUGGGAUGUUUGAUGGCCCUUCCUUGCACGAUGGAGAUUCGUCUUGGUCAUCUUUGAGGCGGGGGGUACCGAUUGAAGAGCCUUCUCCCAGAGGAAAAUCGCCUGGAGCAAAUGAGCCAGACUCUGGACUUGACUUUUCUGGAAUAGCUAAGGACGUUUAGACCAAGCCUGUUGGUCAUCAAGAUGCUAUAUUGCGUUUUUGCAAGAUUUUCCAUUUACUUUUAAGUAGGCAAGAAUGAUGAUAGCAUCUAGAAAUACAUCUUUUUUUUUUUGGUGGUCGAAAAAAUACAUCUGAUGUUGGGGAAGCUGUUUGUGAACAUUUUGGGCCAAUAAAGCUGUUUAUCUCCUGGGAAA